AUGGGACGUGGAGACAUAUACGGUCUCAGACGACAAAAUGGAAGAGCAAACUUCCCCAAGGAUCUGAGCUUUUACAUUACACCUCCUGGAGAGGCUGACACCAUCUCCACAGCAAAAGAUGCUGACCAUCGCCGACUGCGACGAAUCCAAGCGCAUGCCUUUUCUGAGAAAGCACUAUCGCUACAGGAGGGCUUUCUCAAGCAGUAUACUACCAUGUUCAUAUCUCGAUUACACGAGAGUAUUAGCCAGCCAGGCGGAGAUGUCGUCAAUAUCACCCGUUGGCUCAACCUUCUCACAACCGACAUCAUUGGUGAGCUUACAUUCGCCGAGAGCUUCGAAGGCCUCAGCAAAGAUCGGCUCCAUCCCUGGCUCGAAAUGGUCUUUUUGACUCUGAAAGCCUUCACCCUUAUACGGGAGCUGACUCGGCUGCCGCCUGUCUUCAUGCGUCUUGCCAUGGCAUGCAUUCCCGCAAACAUGCUCAAGCAUCAGCGGGCAGCUGUCGCUUUUGGUGCCAAGGCUGCGAAAAGGCGAAUGGGGCUCGGUACCGAGCGGCCGGAUUUCAUGUGGUACAUUCUUCGCCAGACGGGCGAACAACGCAUGACGGAACCAGAGAUUGAAGCAGCGGCAAUCACAUUCAUCGUUGCGGGCAGCGAGACCACGGCCACUAUGCUUUCUGGCACCAUCUAUCUCCUAUGCCAGAACCGAGCCAUCCUGGAAAGAUUGACGGCCCUUGUUCGUACCGAGUUCCCCAGUGAGACUGAUCUCACCCUAGUCAAACUCCAGCAGCACGAAUACCUCAAUGCUGUUCUUCAAGAGGGGCUGCGCCUGUAUCCGCCUGCGCCGGACAAACUCUUCCGGGUGACUCCAGAAACCGGAGGAUAUGUGAUGGGUGAUUUGCUGCCCCCAAAGACUAGCUUGACCGUGAACCUUUGGGCGGCCAACCGGUCUUCGGAGAACUUUCAUCGCCCUCUCGAGUUCAUCCCAGAAAGGUGGUUGCAAGAUGCCCCAGUUGAGUUCCGACAGGACGAUAGGAAUGCUAUGAGACCGUUCAGCGUGGGACCUAGGGAUUGUCUGGGGAAGAAUCUUGCAUGGGCGGAGAUGCGGAUGAUUCUUGCUUAUUUGGUUUGGAACUUCGAUCUCGAACUCCAAUCGGAUAGCCAAGGUUGGAUUGAGAGACAGAAGGUGUUCAUGCUUUGGGGAAAACCAGACCUGAACGUGAAGAUUUCCCGGAGACAUUGA